AUGAAGCUUCUUAUGAUCGCCACUCUUCUGGUCUCUCUCCUUACCUCUGCAAAUGCCACAGUUGUCAAGGCAUACGAAGGCACCUCUUGCAAUGGGGAAUAUGUGGGCUCGGUGAGCGCCUGUGGAAGCACGGGGCUGUCACAGAACUACAAGGUCAAAAGCCUUAGACUUGACUUCCAAAAAGCAACAGCCUCUUUCUAUAAGGAAAAACCCGAUAGUAAAGGAAACUGCGUGGGCGUCCGUAUUUCCAAAAACACCGAUCAGUGUGUGACACUCCCAACGGGUUGGGAUCGAUUUGGCUGUGUGAACAUCCAUGGCGGCACUUGCUGA